AUGUCCGCCAACGCCAACCGCCCCAAUGGUCCUCGCAACUUCGGACAGAAAGUCCCCGAACGCUUCCGUUGCGACCUGGGUGGAGAGUGGAAACCCUUUUCAAGCUUCUCCAAGCGCCAGCAAAAGAUUGUCACUGACAAACUUGAGCGCCGUAUCCGGAUUGACGCUGCAAACACUGGGAUGACCUGUCGUAUGCACUCCGGAGAGCCUGUGAAGGAGAUUCAAUGUGAGGGACCGUGCAAUGAGAUCCGCGUUCUCGAUGACUUUUCAAAGAACAACCGCAGCAACGGCGUCUAUGUGUGCAAGUUCUGUCAGCAUUGGACGAAUUCCCAGGAACCUGGGUACACUCCUUGGGCAGCGCCCUCGAAUAUGUUGGACCCAUUCGAAGAAAUGGAUGACUUCGAAGCCCGCAUGCCGACUGAGCCCGAUGGCUUAACGGACCCUGUCGGCGGCGAGAUGGAUGGCCCAUCUCUGAGAGCGGGACUUGCAUCCACCGACAAAGAUGGAGGUAGGAGCCGCGAAAUUUUUGCACCAAGUAUUGACACAGAGAGUUUAAGCUCUGCUCGUCGUACCGCCGGUUCUACCGUUACCUAUACCACGAGCAUGAGCCGAGUUGGUGACCUUUCAGCUUCUAUGGCAAACCUUUGGUUUAACAAUGCAGACAUUGCCAAGGAUCUUACAGAUAGUAAGAUUGAAUAUAACGCUUGGGACUCGGAUGGUCGUCAGCAUAGGAUGGCCAAAAGCCCCACUGUUCAGUCCAGAGGCUCCUCGGUCACGAUGGGUUCGGCAGCGGGAGAGUAUUCGAAUGGCCGCGAGAAUAGUGCUUACAACUAUCGUCUUCAAGGAAGUAACCGCAGUCGUGGAUUUGGUUCUGCUCCAGACAGACAGGGCGACAGAAAGCAACUGACCGAGAAGGAACAUCGAGAGCGACAGAAAGCCUUACCCAAACGCCCCAACCUACUACCAUACCAAGACGAAGAUGAGGAAGACGAGGAAUCGGAGUAG